AUGCCGGAGAAGGCUCUGAUCACCAUACGGUACGGACCGUACAUCAACUGCUCCGGGGUGCUGCGGCGCUCACUGUCCCGGCUGGAGGGGCUGAGAGCUGUGCUUGCCUCAGAUGGACAUAGUGUUGCUCUAGAAGAGAUACCAGAUCGAAAUGCUGUGGAGCUUGUGGUAAAUGGAGAGACUGUAUUUCAGUGCAACAUCAAAGAUCUUGAUUUUGGAGGAGAUGGACUACUGCACCCACUUUGUGAAGAUGCAAGACAAGCAGUAAUGAAGGCUUACUAACAAAUCUAUUGUAUCCCCCUG